GGCAGUCCGUUUGAAACGAGCGACAGUAGGAACUAAAAGCUGAUAUUUUCCAGUCCUGAACCGACAACGGUCCUCUAGAAACAACUUCAGUACCCAACCUGACACACUGCCGAGCAACGCCCCCUGGAGCAAAGUGCCUUGCUCAAGAGUACAAUGGUGGAAGGCAGUAUAUGGGAUAAAUAGUCUUAGCAGUAGCAGCCAGUCUUCUCGUGGUUUGGAGGCCGACGCCCAUCUCACUACCUAGAAGCCAUGGCAGAUGAAGCGGACAUGCGCAAUGAGCUGGAAAACCUGCAGGCGAAGGCAGAUCAGAUAGCCGAUGAGUCGCUGGAGAGCACUCGGCGUAUGCUGGCCAUGGUGGAGGAGAGUAAAGAUGCUGGUAUCAGGACUUUGGUUAUGCUGGAUGAGCAGGGAGAGCAACUGGAGCGGAUCGAGGAGGGGAUGGACCAGAUCAAUAAGGACAUGAAGGAUGCAGAAAAGAAUUUGAACAAUCUAGGGUCUCUCUGUGGUCUUUGUUCGUGUCCCUGUAACAAGAUAAAGGGGGGAGGGCAAGCGUGGGGUACCAACCAGGAUGGAGUGGUUAACAGUCAGCCAGGGGCCCGUGUGGUGGACGAACGUGAACAGAUGGCCAUCAGUGGAGGGUUCAUCCGCAGGGUAACUGAAGACGCCCGGGAGAAUGAGAUGGAUGAAAACCUGGAGCAGGUGGGCGGGAUCAUCGGUAACCUGCGUCACAUGGCCCUGGACAUGGGCAACGAGAUAGACACCCAGAACCGGCAGAUCGACAGGAUCAUGGACAAGGCUGAUUCCAACAAGACCAGGAUUGACGAGGCCAACCAGCGUGCCACAAAGAUGUUGGGCUAAGCUGUAGCGACAACAUGCUUUCAACCCCCCCCCCCCCGAAACAUGCUUUUAUCAUGGCACUUUCUCAGACCCGCCCCCCUCCUCCUUCUCUUCUUCCUGUUGUAAAAUGUUGUUCUGUUGUCUUCUAUCUUUGGCUUUUAUUAAAAUGAUAGUCCUGGUUAGUCAUCUCGUCCUCUCUCUCAUCUCUGUCUCUCUUCCUAGUUGUUCCUCUACCCUCCAUUCUGUCUCUCCUAGUUGUUCCUCUACCCUCCAUUCUGUCUCUCUUCCUAGUUGUUCGUCUACUUCCCAUUCUGUCUCUCUUCCUAGUUGUUCGUCUACUUCCCAUUCUGUCUCUCUUCCUAGUUGUUCCUCUACCCUCCAUUCUGUCUCUCUUCCUAGUUGUUCGUCUACCUCCCAUUCUGUCUCUCUUCCUAGUUGUUCGUUUACUUCCCAUUCUGUCUCUCUUCCUAGUUGUUCCUCUACCCUCCAUUCUGUCUCUCCUCCUAAAGUAUACAGUGCUUCUUUGAUGGCUUUAGCUCACCUGUGCAGUUCUCUGUUUCCGUCUUGCUCAUCUUCUUUUAUAUAAACUGUAUUUACAUCAUUACUCAGAUACCACGACUACUAUGGCUUUACAUGAGCAGGACAAAUGCUCCACUACAUGCUGUUUCUUCCAUGUGUUAGUGGUGUGACAGUGUUGUCCACGUGAGACACUCUGUAGUUAAUGUUGUUGUUGUUUUUGAUGCUACACAAAAGU